GCCCAGCUGUCGAUAAUUUCCUUCAAGUUGAGAGUUUAGCAAGUAAAGUACCGGUGUCGAGUCGUUUAUCCAUUGUGGUUCUAUUUGUUUUAACUCUUUGGUUAAACAAUCAGCUGGCAUACGAAGUUUCACACUCGCAGAUUUGCAGUCGGCGUUUUUAUUAUCCACCGGUUAAAUUGUUUUUGACACCAGAAUGUUCGCCAACAAGGUAGUCCUGGUGACUGGAGCUAGUUCAGGAAUUGGUGCGGAGACCGCCAUACAAUUCGCAAAGUUAGAAGCGAAACUGGUCCUCACUGGAAGAAACAAGGACAAUUUAGCGCAGACAGCGAAGCAGUGUGAAGAAGCAUCGCCCAAGAAACUUACACCAUUAUCCGUUGUCGCCGAUAUUGAUAAUGAAGCUGAUGUUGAACGUUUAAUGAACGAAACUAUUAGUAACUUCAAGCAACUUGAUGUGCUGGUCAACAAUGCAGGCAUUAUGCAAAUGGGUUCAAUAGAAGAUACUUCCUUGGUUCAAUACGAUAGCAUAAUGAAUACGAAUGUUCGAGGACCUUAUUAUUUGACCAUGUUGGCCACACCACAUCUUAUAAAGACUAAAGGGAACAUUGUCAAUGUAUCCAGUGUAGCUGGAUUGAGAUCUUUCACUAACGUACUAGCUUACUGCAUGUCUAAAGCUGCUUUGGAUCAAUUUACACGAUGUGUGGCAUUAGAGCUGGCUGGAAAAGGAGUUCGUGUCAAUGCAGUUAACCCAGGUGUCAUCGAGACUGGUAUACAUUUGAGAGGCGGAGUCAGUGAAGAAGAUUAUGCUGCAUAUUUGGAGAAAUGUAAGGAGACCCAUGCAUUGGGCAGAACUGGAACUACCAAGGAGGUUGCUAAUACAAUUAUAUUUUUGGCCAGUGAAGGUGCAAGUAAUAUAACUGGUGCAACUAUCGCUGUUGAUGGUGGCCGACAUGCAAUGUGCCCACGAUAAUGUUAAUAAAUCUUAUAAAAUCCGAAGGAAGAAAAAUAUGUGAAACCUAAAUAAUAUUUUAUACCUCCAUACCUAAUUAAGCUGUGUUUAUGUGUUUCUGAAACAUUAAACUCUACUUGUUACAUUUUCAACUUAUAUUUUCUUAAAACAAGUAUUAUAUCGUUUUUAUUAAAGUGCUGUAUUGGGUUA